AUGUCGCAACGCACCAUCAGCAAUAUAAACAGACUUAACGAUGAACAGACUCUUUUGAACCAAAGAGCUGCCCAGUUCUUACAACGUAACAUCCAAGGGAGAAGACUGUUCCAACGAUACAAGGAAACCAAACGGUUCGAGAACUCAAACUCAAACCCAAACUCAAACCCAAACUCAAACUCAAACCCAUACCCAUACCCAAACCCAAACACACAUAGAGGCGACGAUUCCAACGACAACGGUGAUUCUAAUGAUGAUUCAGACCAAGAAUAUAUUACUCCAGCCACCACCAAGACUAAACUGAAACCAAUACCCAAUGCCACAUACAGUCCUCCUCAUCGUUCACGAUUACAAGAGUUAAGAGCCAUUGCCAAGACUCGGAAAAAUGUAAGGAAAAUCUUCACCCCGUCACAAUUGGCAGAAUAUGAAAUCAAGAAAUACCAACGUUCCACGGAACUACUGAUGUCGAAAAUCCCGUUUGCCCGAUUAGUCAAGGAAGUCACAGACGAGUUCACUCUAGACGAACAACAGUUCCGUUGGCAAUCCAUGGCCAUUCUCGCAUUGCAAGAGGCCAGUGAAGCAUAUCUGGUGGGUCUACUAGACCACACCAACUUGUUGGCACUGCAUGCAAGACGUAUUACCAUAAUGAAAAAAGAUAUGCAAUUGGCAAGAAGAAUUAGAGGUCAAUUUAUUUAA